GUGAUAAAAAAAAAAUAAAACAAACUCUAUAAAACUGUGCUAAUAUUAAUAUUUAUAAAUUCCUUAAGGCUGUUUUUUUUUUAAAUAGUAAGGAUCGGCAAUCGCAAAGAUAAAAUAAUAAUUUUUUAAAAUCUGUAGUUAUUUCAUUUAAAACCAACAUGAAUGUCAGCCGUAUUAAGUGUUCAGUUCUUAAAAACAUUUUUGGGAUGCAUGCAAACAUGUCUGUUAGAACUUUUAAAUCUGCUAAUUGUUUAACAAUGAGAUUUGUUCAGUAUAAACACGAAGGUUGCCCAGGUUUGGGAGUUCAAGUAAAUGAUGGCGAACAUGUAAUUAGUUUAAGUGCUGCUGAUAAAACUAUUCCAUCUAACAUGGUGUCAUUUUUAAACACUAAAUAUUCUCUUGGAAAAAUUGAAAAGUAAAUAAAAUAUAUCAUGAAUAAAAAAAAAAAUUAUUAGAUAACAAAGUACAUACUUGUAUGUUUUAUUAAAGAGUGAUUGAAGAACAAAAAAUUGUGUUAAAAUUAUGUCAAGUUGAGAUUUUACCUUGUAUUACCAAACCUGAUAAAGUAAGAUUUUUGAUAUAAGAUAAAUACCUAAAUUAUGUAGAUCAUUAUUUUGUUUGCUAUGCUAUCGAUAAUUACAGAUAAUAUGUGUGGGGUUGAAUUACAAAGGGCACUGUGAUGAACAAAAGAAGCCAUAUCCUGAGGAACCUUUUUUUUUCCCAAAAUUUCCUAGUACAAUUAUUGGGCCAUAUGAUGGUGUAAAACAUUCGUCAAAGACAAAAGUAAAUUUGUUGUCAUGCAGUUUGAUUACGUCUUUUGUAAAUAAAAAUUAUAAACAUUUUUAGGCUAUGGAUUGGGAGGUAGAAAUGGCAUUAGUUAUAGGAAAAAAGUGUAGAAACAUUAAUAUUACUAAUGCAUAUGAUUAUAUAUUUGGAUAUACAAUCGCUCAAGAUAUAUCAGCAAGAGAUUGGCAAAAAUCCAGAAAUAAUGGACAAUGGUUGAUUGGUAUUUUUUUUUUUAAUCAUUUUAUAUAUACAUUGUAUUUUAAUUGAUAUUAAUACCUAACUAAUUAUUUUUUUUCUAAAUUUAUUUCAUAGCAAAAAGUAUGGACACAUUUUGUCCAUUGGGGUCAGCCUUGGUACACAAAAGUGUAAUUCCUGACCCUCAUGAUUUACAGAUAAAAUGUUCAAUAAAUGGUGUUCUCAAACAAGAUGGAUCAACUAGCGAACUCAUUCAUAGGGCUGACAAACUUGUUUCGUUUUUAUCAAAGUGAGUACCUACAUAGUUAAUAUAAUUUUAAUCCAGAAGAUUUGGUAUGUAAGUCCACUGUACAAUUUAACAUGUAUUUGAUUAUUAUGUAUUUUAGAACCAACAUAAUAAGCUAAGGUUACUUUAGUUCUUAUUUAUUCUUUAAUAUUUGAGGUGUUAAAGAACAUUAAUUUUUAAAUAAUAAGGAUGUAAGAAAAUUGACAAUAUAUAUAGAUUGAUUUGUAUUAUAUAAUAUAAAGAUUAUGACUUUAUGGCUUUUUGUUGUUAAUUUUUACAUUACAAUAUCAAGAUUGGAGAGAUAAUAAAUUUAUAGCUAAUCUUUCACUGAUAAUCAAAAAAUAAUUUCAGCUUGAUUACAUUGUUACCUGGAGACAUUAUACUUACAGGAACACCCAGCGGAGUGGGUGUUUUCCGAGAACCAAAAGAAUUCCUAAAAGUAUGUUAAUUAUUGAUUCAACAAUUAAACAUAUUCCAUAAAGAAAAUAUAAUGUUUUACAUUUUUAGGUUGGAGACAUAAUACAAAGUGAAAUUUCAAUAAUUGGGAAGAUGGAAAAUCCAGUUGUUAUAGAUGAAUAAUAUUAGUGGCCAUUGUAUUAUGUUUGUUA